UCCCCGCCGCCAUUAAACCAAGAAGAAGAAAGACAUCCGGUUCCUCUUCCUGGUAGCUAACGGUGCAAUGAAAACACAGAAACAACACGUGUAAUCUGUUUUUCUUUUCCCCCGUCGCUCUGUAAAUGUUGUGCAAUGCUCGUCGGCCGCUGGUUUGGACUGUGCAGUCGCGUAGUUCACUGUAGUAGCGUCAGAGGACGAUGGAGGACACAGGCAGGAGGACACGUGAAGAAGUACGCUAACAUCACAGUGGAGCCUCAGUGGAGGACACAGGGAUCAAGGCGUCUGUGUCACAGCGAUGUGGGGGACAUGUACGAGCAGCAGUGUGUCCGGAGGUACCUGCAGCAGCUGGUGCACGAGCACGGACAGCUCAGUGACAAGUUGCAGCAGGUUUACCUGAACGAGUCGGACAGGAAGGAGCUGAUGAAGAGACACUCUGAGCUGCUGCCUCUGGCCAAUAUACAUGGGAGGAUCGAACAAGCCCUGCAAGACCUCGAGGAGGUUCGUUCACUGCUGCAGGGGUCGGCCAGUACCAAAGAUGAAGAUGAGCAACUGAUGCAGAUGCUAAAAGAGGAGGAAGAACAAAUCUCCAGCAAGAUUUUGGCCUUAAGAGAAGAUUUGAUUAAAGCUCUCGUGCCCACUGACCCUCUGGACUCCAGUAAUGUCCUGCUGGAGGUCGUAUCAGGACGAACAACAGGAGGUGACAUCUGUCAACAGUUCACCAAAGAAAUGUUUGACAUGUACCAGGGUUUUGCGUUUUAUAAGAACUGGGACUUUGAGGUUUACAACUACACAUCUGCUGACUAUGGUGGUUUGCACCAUGCUGCUGUAAGAAUAGCCGGGGACAAUGUGUACAGACAUCUGAAGCAUGAAGGAGGAACACACCGGGUGCAAAGGAUCCCUGAGGUCGGCCUCUCCUCCAGGAUGCAGCGUAUCCACACGGGAACCAUGACUGUCAUCAUCCUGCCUCAGCCAGUGGAGUUUGACGUCCACAUUGAUCCGAAGGAUCUUCGCAUCGACACAUUCCGAGCUCGAGGUGCCGGGGGUCAGAGUGUCAACACAACAGACAGCGCAGUGCGCAUCGUUCAUCUCCCCACAGGCAUCACCGCCGAAUGUCAGCAGACUCGCUCUCAGCUGAAAAACAGAGACAUCGCCAUUCGUGUGCUGAGGGCCCGGCUCUACCAGGGCAUGAUGGGCAAAGAGGAUAAGCAGAGGCACACGGCACGAAAGCAGCAGGUGGGCACACGUUCUCAGUCGGAGAGGAUUCGCACCUACAACUUCAGCCAGGACCGUGUCACAGACCACCGGACUGGAUAUGUUACCCGAGAGAUUAAGGAGUUCAUGAGAGGAGGGGAGGCUCUUGACGAUCUGAUCUCUGACGUACGUGAACACACAGAGAGGGAGGCUCUCCUGGAGGUGGUAGAGAGCAGCAGCAGUUUGCCACAACCAGAAUCGGGAAAAUCUGCAGACUGACACUCGACUUCCGGUCAAGUGGACUGAAUGGACAGUAUUUUAGUUUUGAGGAUGAUUUCGGACUACGCUGAAAUGUUUUAUUGUAAUAUUACUAUUUAUGCUUGUACAAAAGUGAAAUUGCAAAGAAUGUAGCUUAAGAGGAUGAUCAUAAUUUGGAGGUAUUUAUUUUUGUAAUAAAAUAUUAAAUUAUG